GACAAUGGCAAUCGUCUACUCUAUUGUGUCUCUACUGCUACCUCAAGCUACUCCACCUAAUCCCGUCCACGGCGCAGCCUCACCCUGGUGCUCAGCUCUCAGAAACAACAACGCUCUCUUCCUUCUCAGGUUCCCUAAUUUCCGCAUUUGCGCCGUUCGGGAUGGAUUCGCCAAGGUCUCGCGGGCCCUAACGAAGGAUAGCGAAGCAACGAAGCCACUGGUGAGGAUCACCGCGGUGGUUGGCGCCGGAAGCGUUAGCCCGCUCAAGGGAACGCCUUGGGAGCAGGUCAUGUGGCACACGGCAACUCGGCUGAAGUGGGUGGAUGAAGCAAUCGAAAUGACCGUCUUCAGCGACAAGGCCACGCGCUCUAAUGAUUCUUGCAAUGAACAGCUCACGGAGGAGAUGUUACGUUCGGAUAUCUUGGUUAAUGUUGCAGUAUAUGAUCCAGAAUCUGUGGAAUGGCUUCAGAAAAACAGUAAUAGCGUUCCGAACAUCAUAUGCUUUGAAUCUUCGACAAAUCUAACCAACAAGCUUGGCGGAUUACGUGUCAGAAACAAAGAAAGAAACUUCUUCAACAGCUUAAACCGUGAAGCAACAGAAGUUCUCAGGACUGCAUCAAAUGCUUGGGAGAGACAUAAUUCAGAUGACAUUAGGUUUUGCCUCCUUGUCAUCAUCAACUCCUACAUAAGACCCAUUUCCAUACUGAAAAAUCUGAGGGCCAAGGGGCUCUCCUCUGUCAACUGCAUGCUGACAAAUUGUGGAUCGCAGGUGCUGAACUGCUUAUUGGAUCCUAACUGCAGAAAAGCUCUUCAGUGUUUGAACAGAUGUUCGCCGAUCGAUCAAGUUUGUAACUAUCGCUGCAUUGCAUCCUACGAGAGCCCAUACCUGGAGGCAUUUUCGCUGUGCGUGCUGCAAAAGAACAACUGUCUUGAGUUGAAUGCAGUGAUCCCCACCAAGCCUGUCGUAUCUCCAUUGACCAUGUUCCGGGGAGAGCUGUUGAGCCAUGAACUCGCAGAAGAUCUCUUCAUUGGCUGGUUGGGCAAGUUCGAAUGGAGUUGGCGAGUCAUAGCAGGCCAGAAUCCUGCUUAUGAUCAUUUUCCUUGUCAGUAUCAGCUGUUCUACAGGGGAAAGGCUAGAGGAUCAUUUUGGUAUGAACCUGUGUUUCAAGUUCGAACUCUUGGAGGUGACUUAAUCUGGAGGAGGAGGAGGUAUCGUGUCCGAAGAGCAAGCAUUCCCGGCACAUUCUACUUCAGUGUUCUUGAUAAUGGGGUGGUUUCUGAGGAAUAUUGGACAAUUGUAGACGUUUGUGAGGAUCUCAGUUGGGGUCUAUUUCAUUACAGCGGGGCAGCUUCGGCUGCGGGAUUGUCAUAUACCGGGGCGGUGCUCGUCAGUCCAGACGGAUAUUAUGAGCCAGAGUUGGGAGGGCACCGACUCAAGUCGGCAUUGGAGAAAUGCAGCAUCAUGGAGUGGGAGCUGCACAUUGUAGAUAACUGUUCUUGCACAAACCCUCCGCUGGGAAUUCCACAGGGUUCACGUCUGCAUUCUAACAUUAAUAUUUAAUACGAAGGAUCAUGGAUGGGAGUCUGAGCAGAUUGGAGAAGCUAUCAUGUAAAAUAAUUCAGAAGAUUUAGUUUUAACUUCCAAUUGGACACUGGUUAAUGUUAUCGAGAACGACAAGGGGCUGAAUAUUUUGCUGCGUGUUAUAAAAUUGGCAGACAUGAUAAAUUUAAAACCUCACUUCCACAAUAUUUCCAGGAAGAGCUGCUUUUGGUGGAUGAGUAAAAGGGCUUGGAUGACUAAAAGUCUAACUAAACCUUUACAAUUUGUAUGCAUUAUAUAGUGCCAUCUUUUGUGUUUGUACCAAUAUAGAGAUUUUUCUUUCUAUAAUAGCUGCAGAAUGAUUAUUUUACAAGAUAUAAAUUUGAGAUAGGAUAUUGAUUUCUAA